CAGAGCACUCACACGCAGGCACUCUUACACCUGAACCUUGUCUUCGGCUAUGUUCUCUGUUAUUUGUGUUGAGGAAAUACACAAAUACCAAAAAGUGUAUAUUUUUAUUGAAAGCUGCAGGUUGUUUAUUUGGUUUUCUUUCAUCAAGCAGUAAGCUCUUUGAUACAACGCAAGACCACCAAUUACUGACGCCGGGAUGUUAGGUCUAAUUGGCAAAUCUGCGGGGGGUGGCCCCCUUGUCCUCGCGGUCACCGUAGGAUUGGCAGUAUUGGCCGUGCUGUGGGAGCUUAAGAGGAAAAUAAGUGUCUGCGCUACAGAUUUACCCAAACGUGAAUUUGUUGAACAGCAUGAAGACGGACAAUUAGAUUCGUCUUUUAUGGAAAAAUAUUUUUACCUGGGAAGCAAUGGACCCUAUAGAAUUAUCAUCAAAAAAAGGAAGUUUUCCAGGGGCAAAGACAACCCUGGGCACACGGGUUUUGUUGAAGCGGACCACAUCCCACCCCUGAACUCCCUGAAGAGGGCUGCGCUAGAGCCUGAGUUUGAGGCGCUGGAGGAAAUAAAUCCGGUCCUUUAUGGUAUGGUGAAGAGCCUGGAGAACGAUCCGCGGGGGAAAAAUCUCUUCACCGUCCAGGUCCUCAAGCAAAAUCACAUGGCCGCUCUGUCCAGCGGCAAUAGUAGAGAGUCUGUUGAUGUCAGGGGUCUUCUCGCACGUAGAAUUGCAAGAGGAGAAGUGAUGUCAAUGUUGAAGCAAGCCAUGUUGGCCGCCCACCCAUUUGCUUCCCGGCAAAUAAGAGACCAAACAGGAAUACGGAGAACACCCCCAAAAGGCCAAAUAACAAUUUCAAGGCAAAGAACGAUGAAGAUCUACCAAGAGGCCUUCCGGGGAUUGAUCGACUUUAACUUCGCCAGAGGGGUCAUCACUGAAGAAGAGUGUGAUGUGCUAAAGAAAUAUGUCGAAAAACAUUAUGGCGUAAAUGGGGACUUUGACAUAGUUUCCGAUGAAUACCAAGAGGUCCUUGCAACCGUGAAUAACUCAAAAAGAUGAAAAAUAUGUAGCUUCCUCAUAUGUUUACAUAUUAAAUAUUUUCACCAUAAAGUCUAAAAGGAAGCUUGUAUGGCCCUGCAUGUAUUGUAUCUUUGUGCGAUCUUUCAAGUAACGUUAUGCGUUAAAUUUGCGAUGGCGUUUUACCGCUUUCAACUACUUGGCAUGUUAUUACAUUUAGCUGUAUUCAUAUAUUCAGAGCAAUAUUUUACAUGACAGCUAUAGUUAAAUAUAUAUAUAGUUGCCUAAAUAAAUACUACCAUGAAUAGAU